AUGUCCACCAUGGUAAGCCCAUGUGAGGAGAAGCUGGUGAGGUUAACACAGGAAGAGAUCAUCGCCAGCACCAAGGUCUCCAUUCAAGAACUGGAAGAACUGAAGAACGACCACAGCUCCAUGCUGGGAAGCCUGACAGCGACACUUAAGUACCUGAACCGAAGUGAGGAGGCUGGCCUGGUGCAGGAAAAGUGCUCGCUGCUCCACAAAGCGGUGGAGACAAUUCAGCUGGGCCUGGGAGAGGCACAGGUGAUGCUUGCCCUGGCUGGCCACUUGAACACCGUGGAGUCCGAGAAACAGAAGCUCCGUGCGCAGGUGAGGCGGUUGCACCAGGAGAAUGAGUGGCUGCGUGACGAACUGAGCAUCACACAACAGAAGUUGUGGACGAGCCAGCAGAGUGUGGUCCAGCUGGAGGAGGAGAAGAAACACCUGGAGUUCAUGGAUCAACUCAGAAAGGAUGACCAGGAUGCUUUGAUGAAGGAGGAGAAAAAUGGAGAAACACUCCCCAGUAGUGAUGAGGUGUAUGAAACAUCACACAAGCACAGCAAGGUAGUGUUGCCCACUGCCCAGCAGACGGCGCUCUACAAACUUGCGAUCCAGAAAGCUGAACAAGGCCAUUACGAAACUGCCGGACUGCUGAGCAAACUGGUUAUGGAGGAUGUGGAGAAGACCUUGGGCCAUGACCACCCUGUCAUAGCUACCAUGCUCAAUAUCCUUGCUCUGGGACACAGGAGACAGAAUAAUUACAAAGAGGCUACCCGCCUUCUCCGCGAAGCUCUGGCAAUCAGAGAGAAGUGUCUGCAAAAGGAACAGCCCUUGGUAGCCUUCAUGCUUAAUAACUUGUCAGUGCUCUAUGGGAAGACUGGAAAUUACGCAGAGGCUGAAGUGGUGUGCAAGAGAGCUUUGGAGCUGAAGGAGAAGGUGCUUGGCAGAAAUCACCCUGAUGUUGCUAAGCAGCUGAAUAAUCUGGCCUUGGUAUAUCAGAACCAGGGUAAAAGAGAGGAGGUGGAGAUUUGCUUCUACAAAGCCCUCGACAUCUAUCAGACACAACUUGCUUCUGAUGAUCCCACCAUUCCUAAGACAAAGAACCAUCUGGCACACUUCUAUCUGAAACAAGGCAAGUACAAAGAAGCAGAGAUCAUGUUCAAAGAUAUCCUCACACAAGCCCACGAGAAAGAGUUUGGAACAGCUUAUGAUGAAAACAAACCCAUCUGGAUGCACGCAGAGGAGAUGGAGCUCAACAAAGACAGUGUGGAGAAGGAUUCCCCUGGUGAAUACAAAGUCUGGUCCUUAGGCAACACAGUAAACAGCCCCAUAAUUAACAAUGCCCUAUGUGGUCUUGGAGCUCUAUAUCGCCAGCAAGGCAGAACUGUAGCAGCAGACAUGCUUGAGGAGUGUGCCACGCGAACUCACAAACAGGGAGCUGCAGUAGUUCCAAUGAGGGAUGUAGCCCAGAAACGAAGUGUGAAGUGUGACCCCGGAGAUGAGGGAAGUUUGGAGUGGAGUGUGGGUGGUCCUCUACGAACACGUGGCUCACUGGGGAGAAUGCGAGAGGUGCUGCGUAGAAGCAGCGAGAUAUUGGUGAAGAAACUGCAGGAAACAAUACUACAGGACGCGCACAAUCCCAACAUGAAGAGGGCUCUCUCACUGAAUUACCUCAACAGAAGUGGAAAUGAUGAUGAAUCCAUGCAGAGCAUGGGGACAGGCAGGAGGCUGAGAGACACUCGAUCUCUGAGCUCCAGCACAUCGGAGCUGGGAACUAGCACUAACCUGUAAAAAUCACACACACACACACACACACUCAUUCAUAGUCACACUCUCACAAUUUUUUCCAAGUACUCUUUUAAAUUACUACUGUUUUGUUUGGACUUUACAGUCCUGGAAAGUUUA